CGCCUCCAUCCCGAAGAUAGAAACUUUCAUAUAAUUGAAGGGCUCAACUUGACUCCUGUCCGUCUUCUUAAAUUGACCGACGAAAGAAUUGAUACUUUAGUUACCGAACGUGUUAUUCAAACAACUCAAGGUGACAUUAUUGAAAGUGCCCGAGACGAGCUUGCAAUGAUGCAACAACCCGCUUUAACCUUGUUUCAUGUGCAAGUUAUGGAGCGACUGCAUGUCGAUAUUGCGUUUGGAGUUGAUAUCAUUGAACAUAAUAGCUUUAACAACUUGGUACCUUUCUUGAAAGCAGAACUUAAGAAAUCAUUUAUGCCCAAGGCACCUCGGGCUGCAAGCAUUGCGGCAGCAGCCGCAAUUGCUAAACAUGAUGGCGGGUCAAAUCCUGAUAAUUCAUCUCACGAACGAUCGAAUCGUAAGGAUGCACCGAUUAAAGAAGAAAUUUGUGAAGUAAACAAGCUUAUCAUUUUUCAACAGCGACAGAGUGGCGCAGGGUAUUGUCUUCGAAAUCAUAUUUGUAAAUAUAUCAUGCGUGCUAAAGGAAAUCUAUCAGAAAGCACACUCAGUAAAGAAUUAAUAGAACUUUUUUCCCUUUAUGGAGCCAUUGAAGACGCUUAUCUAAGAGUACGUUACGGACCUGAAUAUGAAACUAUCGAAGAUACACGACAAAAAUUACAGGAUAGGCGCAAUGUUGUUGCGAUCAAGACUCGCGAACAUGAUGAAAAUAAAGAUAAGGAUGCCAAAUUGACAACACUUAAUACUACCACCACUUUCCCAUCAGCACAUUCUACAACAGAAUCCAUAUCAUCUUCUUCAUUGCCACCCACAAACAUCUAUCCACAAAAGUAUGAUCAUACCAAUUACACAUAUUCGGAUUAUUAUUAUUCAUAUCCUUAUUCAAUGUAUUAUAGUCAAUAUAAUCAAGAACCAUCAAUACCGGGUGUCGAUUAUCAACAUGGCCAAUAUAAUCAAGAACCACCAAUACCAGGCGUCGAUUAUCAAUAUAGUCAAUAUAAUCAAGAACCACCAAUACCAGGCGUCGGUUAUCAAUAUAGUCAAUAUAGUCAAGAACCACCAAUACCAGGCGUCGAUUAUCAAUAUAGUCAAUAUAGUCAAGAACCACCAAUACCAGGUGUUCAACCAGAAAAAAACACGAGCAACAUACAGUCAGAAAAAACUACCGAAAGAACAUCUGUUUCAGAACCUAAGAAACGUCGAAGAAUUUAA